AUCGGAUUCGCAUCGCCUCGCUUGGAACCAAGACACGAGCGUGAAGAGUAGAAGAGCUGACUCGCACUGUUAUGCGAAGGCAAUGCGCCAAGCAGAAGAUCCUCCCCCCGCGCGCCCCGCCUCCUCCCGCCUCCGCCGCGAAACCCUCGCAAACCCACGGCGGCGCGACCGCCCCGACGGCCGCCCCAUGGAACACCCGCUUGCGAGAGCUCUCCAAGCACUCCCGCUUCCCCGAAGCUCUCGCCCUGUACCGCCAGAUGCUCCGGUCCGGCGCUCCCCCCAACGCCUUCACCUUCCCCUUCGCGCUCAAGUCCUGCGCCUCCCUCUCGCUCCCCGCCGCCGGCGCGCAGCUCCACGGGCACGUCCUCAAGGCCGGGUGCGAGGCCGAGCCCUUCGUGCUGACUUCCCUGAUCUCCAUGUACUCCCGGUGCUCGCUGGUUGACGACGCCCGUAAGGUGUUUGAUCGUUGUCCCCAGUCGAGACGCCUCACCGUUUGUUACAACGCUUUGGUGUCUGGGUACACGUCGAAUUCCCGGUUCUCGGACGCCGUUUCAUUGUUUUGCCGGAUGAGGGAGAUGGGGGUGUCGGUUAACUCGGUCACCAUGUUGGGUUUGAUCCCUGUUUGUUCCCUCCCCGUGCAUCUGGGCGUUGGGACGUGUCUUUAUUGCUGCAGCGUAAAGCUUGGUUUGGACUGCGAUUCGUCGGUUGGGAAUUGUUUGCUGACCAUGUAUGUCAAAUGCGGGUCGGUGGAGGAUGCCCGGGUUUUGUUUGACUCGAUCAGUUGUAAGGGUUUGAUCACGUGGAAUGCGAUGAUUUCUGGAUAUGCACAGCAUGGACUUGCUAGCCAUGUUUUAGACCUUUACGAGGAGAUGAAGUCGUGUGGGAUUCGACCGGACUCUGUGACUCUUGUUGGAGUUCUGUCCUCCUGUUCUCACCUCGGUGCAUACCACAUUGGCUGCCAGGUAGAAAGGCAGAUAGAGUCGAGCGGUUUUAACUCCAACCCGUUUUUAGAUAAUGCGCUUGUCAACAUGUAUGCCAGGUGCGGCAAAUUGGCAAAGGCUCGGGCUGUCUUUGAUGCCAUGCCCGAGAAAACUGUUGUUUCUUGGACAGCUGUCAUAGGUGGAUAUGGGAUGCACGGACAAGGAGAACUUGCAGUCAAGCUCUUUGAAGAGAUGCUGCAAGGUGGAAUAAGGCCUGAUGGAGCAGCAUUUGUUAGUGUUCUGUCCGCAUGUAGCCAUGCAGGGUUGACUGAUGAGGGUUUUAAGUACUUUGAUGCGAUGGAAAAGAAGUAUCUCUUGCAGCCUGGUCCAGAGCACUAUUCUUGCAUGGUGGAUCUUCUAGGUCGGGCAGGUCAGCUAGAAAAAGCCCUCGAUCUUAUCCAUACGAUGCGGGUACAUCCCGAUGGUGCGGUAUGGGGUGCUCUGUUGGGUGCUUGUAAAAUCCACAAAAAUGUGGAGCUAGCAGAGUUGGCCUUCGAACGUGUCAUUGAACUCGAGCCUACCAAUAUUGGGUACUAUGUUUUAUUGUCAAACACCUAUAAUGAGGCCAACAACAUGGAUGGCAUACUCAGGGUCCGGAUGAUGAUGAGGGAGCGGAAACUCAAAAAGGAGCCCGGCUGUAGCCAUGUAGAACACAGAGGGAAAGUUCAUCUCUUCUUAGCAGGGGAUAGAGGUCAUGCUCAGACGAAAGAAAUAUACAGGAUGUUGUACGAACUCGAGGAUUGGUUGAAGGAGAUUUACAAUUUGGACAAGAAUUAUCUGGAAAGGAGAGAUGACGAGCGGUUGUCUGGCAUGGGGGUCCACAGUGAGAAGUUGGCCAUCGCAUUCGCACUCUUGAACACGAAGCGUGGGACGGAGAUUGUCGUAAUUAAGAAUCUCAGGGUUUGUGAAGAUUGUCACUUGUUUAUAAAGUUGGUAAGCAAGGUAGUGGAUCGUCAAUUUGUUGUCAGAGAUGCGACUCGCUUCCAUCAUUUCGAGGGCGGUGUCUGCUCUUGCAAAGAUUAUUGGUGAAGUGGUCAAAUGUAACUCAGAAGGAACGCGAGUCAGGAAAGACGGGGCAACUUCUUGUUGAACCAGAGUGCAGGAGACUUUCGGGGUUCUUUUGAGUUGGUAAUUUGGCAGUGCCUUAUGGAAUGGAACUUCCGAGAUUAUUGAGAAUCGUCCUUUUGAUCGGAAAUAGUAGCUCAUAUUCCUGCAUUGCUGAUAUUCCAACUGAAGUGAUUCCUUGUCGCUAUUAAGCCUUUCUAUCUCUUCCUUCAAUCCUCGUGUCUGCUUCAGUUAAUGGAAAAGAACUUCCCUGAUUUUGGAGAUUGUGAAGGGAAUGGCUGUGGACUGGUUUACGGAUUUUCUUCAGAAGCUGCGGCUGACUUCUUAUAAAUCCUCGUCCACAAGUCAGAUCGUGAGCUUGAUCCGAGUCCAGUGUCGGCGUUGCCGUCCUUGGGCGACCCUGGAUCUGGUGUUGCCCAAGGCCGAUGAUGCAAAAGGUGGCUGUCACGAGCGACGUGGCUUCAAGGAGAGAGACAGUGACAGAGCUCGUGUGAGCCAACAGGGACGUGAGGUGAUGGGCGACGGCGGGAGGACUCCAUGCGAGGGCCGACAGCACGGGGAGGUGGCACAAUUGCCGGCAGCGACCAAAGUUUUUUUUUUUGGCAGUGACCGAAGUUGGAGAGAAAAUGCUGAGAAAAAUAUGUUUUUUCAAUUUGAGCGAAAUGAAUUGUACAACCGAAAUGUCGAAUCGCCGAUUACAUGUGAGAUGCACGUCGGAUCUUUAAUUGAAUCACUGGACAAUAUAUUGACAGGA